CAUGAACCACCCUCGCUCAAUACUUAAUUACUCCCCCUGCCACUGAAAAGCACCCCAAACCCCCAUCAUAAGUUCCCCUCCCCCUUCUUCCCCAGUUUCCCUCCAAUUCUUCUCUCUCUAUAAACACAUUACCAUUCUCUCUCUCCCUCCCCCCACCGCCUCUUCUGUCUCCGAUCUCAACCAGGUUCCGCCAUUUUCCUUCUCUCUUUCUCAUUUCGAAUUCCUUCUGCUUUUUCUAAUAUCGGCGUGUUUCCAAUGUCUUCUGCUCCUCUGUCUCACUGACGCGUUCCUGUUUUUUUCUGGAAUUUUCUCUGCUGUCAAGGUUCAGGGGAGCCAACCAGAAAAUGGAGAAGGAAAAUUGCUCUUCCGCUACAAACGCAGAUCUCAUCGCCGACGUAUCGCGCAAUUACUUCACUACUGGAGACAACUACGAUUUCGCCUCCUUAUUCCCUCCGCUGCUAUCGUCCGAUUCCCUCUCCUUGUCAUCGCGCUUCUGCUCGCCGUCGUCGGCAAUGCCGCACCAGGAGAUGGUCAACCGCCACGCUCUCUGCCUAACGCGCCUUCGCCAGGCUGCAAAGGAGGUCGAGUCUCUCCGCCAUGAGAACGCGGUUCUCCGAUCCAUCAACCACGACCUGAACAGCGAUCUCAACCUCCUCAUCCGCGCCUCCGUCCAGAAUCACUGCCUUCCGCCGUCUCACUACGACAAUUCGCCGUUCGAGCUCGCCAAUGCUUUCCGUGAUUUGUGCAACAUCGGCGGAGGAGGAGGCGCCGCCGCCGAGGAGUUGUGUGAAAAUCAGAGUCCGACGAGCGUCAUCGAGAUGCAGAGCGGGGACGCGGACAGGAUUUCGUUACCGAAGAGCAUUUCCGUGAGGUCCAAUGGUUACUUGAAGAUCGGACAGAGCACUGCUUCUGCUGGUGCGAGCAACAAGAGUCGGAGCGUGACUCGGCCUCUUCGCAACACGAAUCCAAUCGAUGGAGCGGCAAAGGUACUGAUCCGUGGUGGAAAUGGAGGGAAGAAAGAGGAGGAGGCACUCGAGCUGGAAGUGUACAACCAAGGCAUGACGAAGACUGAGCUCUGCAACAAAUGGCAGGCAACUGGUGCUUGUCCAUAUGGCAACCACUGCCAAUUUGCACAUGGUGUUGAGGAGCUUCGCCCAGUGAUCCGCCACCCUCGCUACAAGACUGAAGUCUGCAGAAUGGUUCUCUCUGGUGAUAUGUGUCCUUAUGGCCAUCGCUGCCACUUCCGCCAUGCCCUUACUGAGCAGGAAAGAGCCACUGAGCGCCUCAAGCCCAAGCAGACUAAGCUCGAAAGGUAAAGAAAUUGAAGUAAUGAUGAACGAUGAUAUGGUUCAUGACACAAUUUGUGGCUGGGUUUUGGGAUUUUACAUGCGGUAGAAAGAUUGUUCGGUAUAAUGAGUGAGGGAGCAGAAAGGUAAAUAACAACAUUGAAGUGAAAGUACAGGUAUACAGUGCAAUAUAGGGGGGAAGGAAGCAAGGGUAUACUACUAAUGAAGUAUAUGGAGUACAGAAAACAUUUGGGGCAUAUACACGGUGGACAACAAUGGAACAGGGUAUCGUAGAGAGAGAUUAGACUUACUCUUGCUUUCUUUCCAUCCCUUUUUGCAAUGCUCAAGAUAACUCUUGUUGUCAUUCUUAUAAUUGUACCUAGUCUACAGUUUGAUUCAUUCUUUCAAUUGUCACACAAUGUGGUCCAAGUUUGUUUUGUAAUAAGGACAUCAUAUGAUU